CCGCUACCAAGGAGUAGUCAUGGUUCGACCAUGACGCGAUUUCCACGCCAAAGGAGGCGUUGUCCUACCGGCGGGUUCAUUCUUACGUUAAACCGGGGGAUGAGAUCACCCAACCCGUCAUUUUAACUUGACUUUUAACGGCAUUAUUUUAUUCUUGUGUGGUUUUAGCUCAGAGUUGUAAUAUUAUUUUAUCAACAUGAUCAAGAACGGGCACCACACAUCGAGUGAGCAGGGGAUAGAGAGCGGUGCUAAGCAGGGAGACUUGGCUUGCAGCCCAGAGAAGAGGAAGCGCUCUGUCCGGGUGUGGUGUGAUGGCUGUUAUGACAUGGUGCACUACGGCCACUCCAACCAGCUGAGACAGGCUAAGGCCAUGGGAGAUUACCUCAUCGUUGGAGUACAUACAGAUGAAGAGAUCUCGAAGCACAAGGGUCCUCCCGUCUUCACCCAGGCAGAGAGGUAUAAGAUGGUGCGGGCUAUCAAGUGGGUGGAUGAGAUCGUAGAGGGUGCUCCCUAUGUCACCACACUGGACACACUGGACAAAUACAACAGUGACUUCUGCGUCCACGGAGAUGACAUCACUCUGACGGUGGACGGUAAGGACACGUAUGCGGAGGUGAAGAGAGAGGGCCGGUACCGGGAGUGUAGACGCACCCAGGGGGUCUCCACCACAGACCUGGUGGGCCGCAUGCUGCUCAUGACUAAAACCCACCACAGUAACAUCGACAACUCAGACUACCAACAGCACACGGACAACUUUGGGAAGGGUCCUAAGGGCCACAGUCCAUGGACAGGAGUGUCCCAGUUCCUCCAGACCUCCCAGAAGAUCAUCCAGUUUGCCUCAGGACAGGAGGCCCAACCUGGGGACACCAUCAUCUACGUAGCCGGGGCCUUCGACCUCUUCCACAUUGGUCAUGUUGACUUCCUGGAGACGGUCUACAAACAGUCUGAGAGGCCUUACGUCAUCGUGGGACUGCACUUUGACCAGGAAGUGAAUCGCUACAAAGGGAAGAACUACCCAAUCAUGAACAUCCACGAGAGAACCCUGAGUGUCCUGGCCUGCAGGUAUGUAUCAGAGGUGGUGAUUGGGGCUCCCUACGCUGUGGGUAAAGAUCUGCUGGACCACUUCAAGGUGGACCUGGUGUGUCAUGGGAAGACGGAGGUGUUUCCUGACAGGGACACUGCAGACCCUUAUGCUGAGCCUAAGAAGAGAGGUAUCUUCCGUACAGUAGACAGUGGUAACGGUUUGACCACCGAUGACAUCGUACAGAGAAUCAUCAAGAACCGGCUGCAGUUUGAGGCAAGGAACCAGAAGAAAGAGGCCAAGGAGAUUGCGGUGUUUGAGGCGAUGAAAAGCCAGGCAGAGGGAGAGCAGGCCGGGGACACGGCCCAGGCAGCACAGUAACCAGAUCAAACUAGUUCAAACCAGACCCAGCUGUCCCAAAACUGAUCCUAAACCAGAGUUUCUCAAACUAGAGAAACUCUGAAAUAACUUUUUUUUUUUUAAUUGCGUUUGGUUCAUAGAACUGGGGUUAUGUCAGUAACCUCCGGUUGCUGCAAGAUGCCGUUGUCAUAGUGAGAGCGGUUUUGGUUUUCUUUCUUCCUAUCUUUUGAACGGUUUAAUCUCCGGUUUCCCUCCACAAUGCCCAGAAGCCUCAGAACAGAGUGGACAAGACCAGGCACUAAAAUCAGAAGAACAACAAUCACUGGUGUUAUUUUCUACUCAGCAGAUCAAACUAAACGAUUGGCUGAUGCUCUUCUGAUCUUCCCAAUACCUUUCUGAUGCAUUUGUCACUUCAAACAAUCCUUCAUAUUGAAACACUGUCAAAUGUACUGUCAACUGAUUUGUAAUAGUUGGUUAUAGUCCCAGUUUAAGAACCAAACAUUGGCUGUUGAUUUCAUCACCUUUUUUUUAAAAUGACAAAAUGGGGUCACGGAACAAAAUAUUUUGGGAACCCCUGUCCUAACCAGUUCUAAAUGGUUCAAACACGACCCGAACCGGGUCAGACUGAACCCAGCCAGCCCAAACCAGUCUAGUCCUACUACAUGUACUGUAUACACAUCCUUUAGUGAAGCAUUGCCUGCUAGCCCGUCCUAGACCAGCUUUACCCCCCCCAGUCCACAACGGGACAAACUCACUCCACCGAUGGCCGAGUGUCCGCGGGUUUUCACUCCUCCCUUGUACUUGAUUGAUUGAAUUAAGGUCAGUAAUUAGUAAGGAACUCCCCUCAUCUGGUUGUCCAGGUCUUAACUGAAAGGAAUAACCAGCGGACACUAGGACCUCCAUGAAAUGAGUUUCCACCCAAACCGGAUCAGACCAGAUCAAACUGCAGAAAGACUUUUUAACCAAGACACCUCCUCUCCUUCACCGCCUAAGGAGAACACAAAAAUAACCCUCUUCCCCUGUCAGUGGAGGCUGCUGAGGGGAGGACGGCCCAUAAUAAUGUCUGGAGUGGAGUCAAUGGAAUGGACUGUGUUAAAUCUUAUCCCACUUUCAGGCAGAAAGAAAGGAAGAGAAUCCGAAGUGUGACUGAUGAAAAAGAACAUUGAAAGACUUGUGAAGAAGAGAGGAAAGUCUAUGUAGUUGUGUGUGUACUGUCUAUUUAGUAGUGCCUUCUAGUCUGAUCUACCAAAUGGCACACUAUUGCCUAUGGACCCUGCCCUUACGGCCGCUGACCCCAGCCCUGCCCUUACGGCCGCUGACCCCAGCCCUGCCCUUACGGCCGCUGACCCCAGCCCUGCGCUUACGGCCGCUGACCCCAGAACACAUACAUGCCAGAGUUGGCGUAGCUGCUCCGCCUGAAUUGUCCCCACUUGCGCUGUCGAAUAACUGGCUGUUCUGUGGCGUGACCGCUACGACUCUUCAGGUGGCCUGUCACGUGUGUUCGAGGCAGAGGUCUUGGGUUCGCGCCUCGCUAGGAGCUGACUCAGGAGGAAGGUGGUGCUCUUUAAGCAAGCAGCAUGACCUCCUUCGCAUCGCUAUGGGUUGGAGUCCGGUCCACUAUCUCUUCAAUACAUUUAAACAGUGUAUUGAUAUAGGGAGCCAUCUCAGAUGCAGCCCUCUGUCUUGUAUGUAACAUGAUGAUUCAGGACUCUGACAAUGUUUUCUUCUUUUUAAUGUGUUAUGUGGAUAAUUAAUUUAAAACAUUUUUUAGAGUAAUGGACAAUGAUUGGGGAGUCAACUGUGUGAGAGAGAGAGAUAGAGACUGUUUUAAAGGGAGUGUGUGUGUGAGAGAGAGACUGUUUUAAAGGGAGUGUGUGUGAGAGAGAGACUGUUUUAAAGGGAGUGUGUGUGAGAGACUGUUUUUGUGCGAAUGAGAGAUGAAUACCAAAACAAAUGGGCAUGUAUAUUGUGUGGCUCCACCCCUCUAAAGUUGCUCUGUAAAUCUGUCAAUUCAUUGUCUGGUAAUGACAAGAAAAUACAAAAUGCUGUACCCAUUA